AAAAGCACUUUGGCGUGGGAUUUCUCCGCUCUUAGCCCAUGUGCAUGUCGGUUUCCCAGGUGGAAGCGGAGUGCCAGACGAGAGCAGCUCUGGGACUGUGUUUCUGAUUUUACGCACGGUUGUGAAUGAGGUUUACUGAAAGAAAACUAGAGGGAAAUGCGGCACGCUGAAGUGAUGUGUGGACUCUCCCCCGCCCUCGACUCGGCUGCACUUCGGUGGUGUGUGUGAGAAGGACCCAGCUCUCCAUCUGCGAGGUGAAUGUUGACGACACCAUUGAAAUGUUGCCCAAAUCAAGACGAGCUCUGACCAUACAGGAGAUAGCGGCGUUAGCGAGGUCUUCUCUGCACGGCAUCUCCCAGGUGGUGAAGGACCAUGUGACCAAGCCCACCGCCAUGGCUCAGGGUCGCGUGGCUCACCUGAUCGAGUGGAAGGGCUGGUGUAAACCCAUGGACACGCCGGCUCUAGAGUCCGACUUCAACUCCUACUCGGACCUGAGCGAGGGAGAGCAGGAGGCACGCUUCGCCGCAGGUGUGGCGGAGCAGUUUGCCAUCGCAGAGGCUAAGCUCAGGGCCUGGUCUUCUGUGGACGGAGACGAGUCCAACGAUGACUCAUACGACGAAGAUUUUCUGCCUGUCAACGAGCCGUCCACACAGAGCACAGACGUGCCCUCGUACCCUCCGUACCUGAAGGACCUGAUCCACAGUCAGAUCUGUCAGCAGCUGGCCGUGAGGGGCCCAUGCUGUGAGGGGGCCGGGGGAGAGGGGGGCAGUGCGGAGCCCUCCCCCACAGCGGGCUCUCCAGACACUCUGUGCUCCAGCCUCUGCAGUCUGGACGAGCACCACCCGCUGCUCCGAGACCUGGGGAGCAACCGCGGAAACAACUCCCACAGCAACGCAGCCGAACUGGCCGCUAAGAUCCUGUCCGCGCUACAGGGGGGCGAGGAGCUCCUGUCCCGUCUGCAGAGGGCGGGGCACACCUGCGGAGGGGGGCGGAGCCUGAGACCACGAGGGGGACAGGACUCUCCUUUCUCUGUGUCCUACUCAGAGACGUACCUGUCUCCUGGAGAAGACGACGACAGCCCCUGUAAAGACUAUGACAACACAGUGUGUCCCACAGAGACAGAGGGGGACAGAGUAGGGGACAGUCCCGCUGAGUACGCCCUGCGCCGAAGGGUGUCAGAUGUGGCCUCCUCCGGGGUGGUGUCUUUAGACGAGGAGGAAGAGGAGGAGGAAGAGGAGCGAGUGGGAAACCCAAACAGCCAAUGAGAGUCCAGCUCUGGUCUGUGACUCAAACAAAGAGGUGUAGAGACAUUUGAACAUUGUGCAUGUUUAACUUCAGAGUGAACGUAACUCAUCCGUCUUUGCCUUACUUGGAACAUUUCCACUUCCUGAUUGGUACCUGCUUUGUCCAUACUGACGUCAGUCAUAUUUUUCUUCAAAGCGUUCAAACAAUCUUUUUUAUCAAUGUGAAACAAGAACACUGGCCCCUUUCAAGUCCAGUGACUUGCUCGUAGUCUUAGUACGGCAAUGAUAGGUUUUUGUGCCUAUUCUCAAAGACUCCCAAAGUGAGGCGCCCCCUGGAGGCCGACUGAAGGACUGAACUGUAAACUCUGACUCUCUCUGCAUGUGUUUUGCAAGUGCAAAUGAUGGGCUGACUCAGUCUUAAGCACGAUUUGUAUCAUGUCCCAGUGUGCCCCGGGAGAGGAGCAGGUGACAAAGCAUCCUGGAGCCUGCAGCCUCUCCCCGUCCGACUCCUGCAAGACAAACGUGCAUCCUGUUGGCAUGGCUUGCUGUAUGCCAAAUCACCUGUCACUUCUAAUUAUGAGCUAAUGCUGGAAUGUCUUAAAGUGACAGGGUAUAGUAUGUAUUUUAAAUAUGAAAUUCAAAAAGAUUUGUCAUAAAUUGAACAAUGGAAAAGGGUAUGCUUUUACUGUACUAGUUUUCUAUCACUGACAUGUUGACAUUAUUCAGAACCACUGAUUAUUGACUGGCGGAUGUUUAAACCACUCUCGCAGCAGCCAUGGUGACGCAGACAAACACAGAAUGUCCCUGAAGUGGUCUUUAGUGCAGUUUGGCGGCACGUGAUGUGAAAGACUUUCCUGUGAACGCAGUGUUGGAGAUUUUCUAUAUUUUUGUAUGCGUCGUCUUGCUUUGAUCUCUUGCCUCUCUGGCGUGCCAGUGUAUGUGGUUUUUGCACGAAGCUAAUGUGGCUGUAGAUUUCUCCUUCUCUUCAUUAUCACUGUGUGAUAUUGUCUACUGAGAAAAAUGUGAACAAGUUUUGAUUUUUUUAUUUCAAAAGAGGAUACUGUGAUGCCAUCUGUCAUAAUGCUGUCUUCAUGCUGUCGGACUCCUGAAAAGCUUUGCCUUUUAUUCUACACAUUUGGUUUGGAGCAUGUUCAGAAGCAGACUUGGGUACAAGUGGGUCACACAUAAAUACCUAUCCUUGAUAUAUGUUAAACGUACACGGUGUAACUUUUUGAUCAGGGGUCCGUCACCAGCUUGUUUCUAUGGAAAUGUCAUUGUUUUGCCUGGAAUGUUCCACAGUAUUACAUUACAACAGUUCUACUUUACAUUUUUUCAAUUAUAGUGGUUUUAUAGCUCAAAAAUACCUAGAAAAGGAGGCAUUCUAACUGUGAGUGAGAUCACUUCUUUGCAGAUCUGACCUGACAUUCCAGACGAAGCAAUAACAUCUGCAUGGAGAAAAGCAUUUGAUGGACCCUCCACAGAAAAGUUACACAAUGCACUUUUAAAUCUAAGUAACAGUAGUUUUUACUGUAAAAAUUCUCAUGUUAGUCAAGUUUAUCAGUAACAAUAUCUCUGAUGUCAGAAAAUUACAAUGCAUAUUAAAAACUGUGUACCUAAAGCAUGCACAUUAUUUUCUGCAUUGUCCGUUUAUAGAGAAUGAAGUAACAGUACUAUCACUUUAGUACAUUUCUGACUGUAGUACCCACCUCUGUUUUCAUGACAUGCUCUGAGGUUCUCUGGAGACUCAUUCAUAAACUCAGGAAAACCAUGGACCAUCCCACCCGCUGUCUCCUGUACAUGAGUGUUUGAGUAAACUGUUCUUUUCUACAGAUACUGAAAGCACAGACAUGGU